UGGGAGCAGAGGCGGGUAAAAAUGUAAACACUGAUCCAUCCUGCUGGAGACUUUUUGUCAGGUAGCUAGCUGGACUUCACCGUGUUGCUUUUUUUUUUCUUUUUUUUUAAAUAAAAGUGACACUGUGGAGCUGUUUUGGUCUUGCUGCUUUUGACUCUUUAAUGUAUUUUGAGCUCAACAGUUUGGUUUUAAACACGAAGCUAACUCUCGACAGCAGACGUUAUGCUAGCUCAGUUAGCUCAGUUAGCUAGCUAGUGUUACACUGCGACUGCUAACGUUAGCAAACGUUAACUUAUUGAUGUUAGUUAGCCGCUUAACUGUCCAGCGUUGUUGCCUACCGUGUCCUGAUGCAGCAUGAUGGAGGACUACGACAAGUUUGUACAGCAUCGUCUUUCUCAACUGAGGAAAAAUGAGGAGGAAGAGCGCAGACCUUCAUCUGCAUCCUCUUUCAUCCGCUUCUAUGGACGACCCAUCCUUCCUCCCCUGCUUUCGGGCAAACAGAGAGAGGAGAUGCAGCGACACAGAGAUGAAGCACAGAAAGCUGCCAUCCACAGAAAGUUGAAAGAUGAUCCCAGAAUGGCCUACGUGCAAACUAUUCUGCACAGCGUCCAGCUGAGGAAGACGCCAACACUGGAGGAGUUGCUUCAAGAAUCAGAGAAUAACACAAGAGUUUCAUUAUCCCACAACAUCAGCAGUGGAUCAGUGUCUCAGACUAAUUCUUUUGUUGGAACGAAGGAUAGUCUUUCACCACUAACUGUAGGGAAAGUAAAAGAUGGCAUUUCUCUUCCUCUGCUGACAUCAACGAUGUAUAGUGCCUUUUUCGCUUCAAAUGUGACAUCUCAGCAAGUUUUCCAUGAUACAUGCCUUAAUGACCAACUUGACAGCCGACAAGGAUCGCAGCCAAGUUCCUUUAAUGGUGAAAGCCACCACUCACUAUCCUCAGGUUAUGUGACCUAUGAGAAUGUAGAAAACACCAUGACCUUGGGAAAGAUUGGCAACUCGGAGGAAGUUUGUAACAUGGGUGGAUUUUUUCUUCACAACACCUCAAAUACAAUCGCCAAGAUGCCGGAUAUUAUCAGCCACCCUCCCAUAGAUGGAGAGGAGCUAGAGAGGAGUGGACUCGAAUUGUCCAUUUGUAAUACCUUAACAGAUGUAAAAGACAAUUGUUGCACCUCGAUUCAGGAGGAUUCAGUCACUUGUGACCAUUUAUCGGCAGAAAAACCUCAAAGUAGUCACCUGGACAGUGUAGAGCAUGAAGAUAACAUGCCCUUUAAAGAAAUACUUGACUCUGACAAAGAUGAAAUUGUGGACAGAAAUGAGAGAUCUGUCCCUUUGUUAGAAAAAAGUGGCUUUUCAGACAAUCCAUCACAGGCGUUAAGCACUCGUCACUGUCCAGCAGCAGAACUACACAUUCAGCAUGACUCCAGUGAAGCCGAACCAGCAGACACCCAGGUAGACGAAACAGACUCACAGCCAUCCGAGGAGCCUUAUCGUCUGAGCCUCCAGGCCUUGCUGAAGAAAUCUCAGGAGUAUCGACGGCGCCAGCGAAUGCUUAGGAACCAAGCCAAAAACACUAAAAUCCAGGAGAGAACCCAAGAACAGCCAAGAGCAAGGGCGGAGGAGCAGAGCCUUUCUGAUAAGGAGAAUGACGAGUUCCUUUACAAGGGCACUGUGACCACAGAGGCAAAGAAAACUAAAGAGAGAAAAGGCACUUUUAUUCAAUCUGUGGAAACAUCACUAAAGAAACCCUGGGAGAGGGAAAUGAUUGACAAUGACUUCACAGGAAAAAGGACUAAUGUUAAAUCUGAAAGCGCACAUUUAACAGAAGAUGUAAACACUAUGGUGCUGAGUAGUGUUGAAGAAGAAACAACACUUAAAAAUAAUAAGCUGAACAUUUCACAGGAGGUCACAACAAAGCCUAAACCAAUCAGCGCCUUUACCCAGCAACAGCCAACGUCAGCUGGAACCUCCCCUCUUCAAGAUGCCUUUCAUGUGACCACCUGUCCUACAGCUUUUUAUAAUGGACUGGGGAAAUAUCACACUGUCCCAGCACCUACCUUCUGUAGGAGUCCUAUUCACUGCAAAACUAAAGGUAGUCCCAAAGAUGGAGCAGUUGUUGAUGAAGAGACUUCAGAAGGGAAAUUUCUGUCCUUAAAUGAUGACCAGAAAGUUGAAGAAGCUAACCUUGGACAGCAAAACACUCACUCAGCAGUUCCCUCGACUGUGAAUGUCAUGGUUGAAGGGGAUGUAACGAACGUCUUAGCCAAGAGUUCGCAGCACAUUGAUCAACUGGAGUCCAACUUGUCCAGUCUGAAGGUCCUGAUCUCAGAUCUGGAGUCAACAGUGAAAGAAAACUUGGACAGUCACAGCCAAACUGUGAGCAAAGCACAAAGUGAAUUAAGUUUUAAAGGCGUCAACCUUUCUGAGCAAAUUGAACAUUAUCAACAGAAGCAGCUGGGUCAAAAUGAUGGUGACUAUUGGGAAGACAAGCAGAGGGAUGAUGGUGAGAGGAAGGAUUGGGAGUUUCCGAGAAGACAAUCAUUCAACAACUGCAAAACCACGCAUGAACAUUCAGGAUCUGAACCAAUCACGAGUGACACAGAUGAUGUUCCUGUCACAGUCCAGGAGAACUUACCUGAGACAGUUCAUUUUAGCGAGCUCAGACUGAUCAAAACCUCAGCUACAGAGAGAGAAGAGGGCAAUGAGGCAGGUAAAGAAAGACUAACCAAGAGUAACACACAGCACAGCGGCUGUAGAAAGCAGACGCCACCCGGUAAAUGUAUCUUUUCUGUAGCACAGCGGAUGCGUGUUCCUGAUGUUUUCCGAAAUGCCCCACCUGAAAGCACAGCUGCAUUUGACGCCUCGGUGCUCUCAGAUGCCAGUAACCAUCUUGUGCAAAGGAGGAUUGAGAUGGCAGUUGAAGGUCAUGACUCUGUUAACUCGCCAUCUCUCAAUCGGUCGUACGAUGUGGACAGACCAUCUGGCCUGUGGUUUCUUGAAGGGUCAGGAUCCGACUUGGGCUCACAAGGUUGUCUUGUUCAGGAGAAGAAUCUGACUCCAGAGAGUGAAGGUGAAGGUCAGGGAGGGAUGUCCAAGGUCAAACGGAGACUGCUCAUGCACAUGACAGAGGACACUCAGGAAAGGAGUACAGAUAACAUUGGAGAAGCAGACUCUGUGGUCAGACCCAACUCCAGCACUCCUAGAGCUGCAAUGCAUUGCUACGACAAGCAAGAACAACUAAAGCAGGUCCAUGCUGCUCAGGUCAGAGCCCUGCAAGAAGAGCACAGGAAACAGCAGGAAGAACUACUACAGGCGUUGGCAGUACGUUACCGUCUCCUCCAGAGUGUGUCCUUCCCUUGCUCCAUGUCAAGCUCACGUCUUGGGGACAUGUCGACCUUUCUCUCUCAGCCCUCCAGCCCACUCUCGCAGUGCUACCGCCCCCUGCUGUCAGCGGCCGUGAAGGGUUUUCUCACUCGCCGGCUGCUGAGGACGGAGAGAGUGGCGCAGCUGGUGCGCACCAUCAGGGACACACAACAGUUCCUGCAGGCCUUUGGGAAGCAGAGUCCGAGUAGAGGGGAGCUCUGUAGCAGACAGGACCUCUUAUUGCAGGAGAGAGUCACUCUGCAGCUGCGCGCUGCACGUUAUGAGGUCUACGACGUAUUCUUCAGCCUGUCAGCCAGAGGGCGGAUGCAGUUGAUCAGCUGGGACAGAGAGCUGGCCAGGGAGAGAGAGCUCCGACGACAGAGUGGGAACACUGGCCACCCCAGAGGAAAGAGUUCUCUGUCAGCUGCAACACAAAAAUCCCUUGAGAGGAAGAGAGGAAUAAUAAUCCAGAAAAAGGCUGCAGAAAGGCACAGGGGGUUUGUGACGAGGACUGGACAGAAAUCUCUAGUCUCUGAAGAGCAGCCGCUGGAAACCAAACGAGGGCAGUUCAGAGCAAAUCCUCAGAGGGUCCCCAAGAGCACUUUCUCCUCCAGACCCCGAUGACCCUUUCCUAAUUGGCCCCAGUGAGGACGCCUAACAAGGCCUCCAGCCAUCACAUGAAUAGUGUACAACUUGUCCCGAGAGCUUCCAAAUCCAAAAUCCAAAUGUGACAUAAAUUGAUGCCUGUUGCUGACUGAUAUAUUACUGUGUUUCAUAUCUGGCAAACUGGGGAUUUUCUUACACUCUCAAAGGGUGUAAUAUUAUAAUGGCUACGGCUAACUGUGCAGAUACAGCUCAGCUACAGUCAGUAAUUACACAUCUGCUCUGUCAGUAACACUAAUUCUUCACCUGGUCUCUUUUUUGUAUUUUUAACCAUCAUCAGUGUGCUCGUGUAGAAGAUGUUUAUAGGAAAUGUUGACUUGAUGGGAAAAAACAGUGUCAUCUUUUGGCAGCAUUUUAACCCUCCUUACCCCAAGCAGCUGCUAAGUGAUUUUAGCGUCACAUUUUUACUUACUGUGGGCUCAUUUUUCACUGCAGUAUAAUGUCCUGCGCCUCUAUGAAAACAGCACAACCAUGGCUAGAAGCGUAGAGAAAUUAAAUCUGUCUUUUAUGCCGGCUAACAAAGUUAUAACACCAUAAAUUAUAAAAAGAGGAGGGAAAAGUAGAUUUUCUUAUAUUAUUUGUUUCACAGAAAACCAAAACAAGAUAUGACCAAUGAGUCCACAAGUGCCCACAGGUGUUACCGGUACUAGAAAAAAAAAUCUGACUACAUAUGAUAGAUAUUUUAAUUCUUACAUGUUAAUGUGUUUUAACGUCUCUCUCCUCUCUGCUCUCUGUAGGCAAUGCCUGUAGUUCAGCCGCAAAGUCUCUUAAUUUUUAUCACGCUUCUGUUGGUCACAGAUGAGUCAUUUAAACCUCACUGGUUGCACUGAGGAGCGUGGAAUUGUUUUUACUUUUUACAGAUUCUGGUUUAGAGCAAAGGGUUUAAUUUUGGCAAAUUUUUAAAUGAAACAUGUAGACUAGAGUGAUUUUGAUAAAAUAUUAAAAUCUUAGGUAAAUAGGGUCAUGUGGUGAUACUUUUAUAAGAUCACACGCCUUUCAAACGCACAGCGGGGUUUGGGGUUCAGAGGGUUAAAGCUUUGUUUUCUGCACAUGAAAUAUGUGUGGGCUUACUGCAAACAUUUUGACAUGUCACAGCAGGAAAAGCUCAGUUCCGUUUUGCUUAUUUAAGUGAGCCGGUAGCUCCAAGCCUGAAGUGUAUGGUUAGCAUAUGAAAACAACAAUAUAAUAUUUAUGCAAUACAACACAAAUAGUUUUUCUCACAGAUUUGGCUCUAACCUUUUGCAGCAAAUCUUUGUUGAAGAAAACUCCCUCUUAGCUGACAGUUUCUAGUGUGUAGACAUGUAGCAUGCCAGGUCUGCAUUUGAACAUUGCUUUGUUUUUAACAGGGAACUUAAAAAGUAAAGCUAGGCACUUUGGAUUUGUUCACAGCAGGAAAAGGAUGGCUAUAAUUUGCAACAAUAAAAGCAGUUGUAAUACAUUUAGCUGAGCCAAUUUAAGUUGAAGUGGUCUAGUUCACUGUUAUGGCUUCCUUAGUAGAAAAUUAUCUGCAGUGACGAGUCAAAAUGUGAAAGUGGUCUAUAUGAGGACCCUGAAACAGACAAGAACUAUAAUAAUUAUUAUUAAAGUCAAUAAUUACACCUGUGUUUUCACUAUGUAGAUAUGCAGAAUGUCUGCUGUGAAGUAGAUUGAGUAGUUAUUUAAUUUAUUGUGGAUUUCAGUGUUAAACCUCUGCUCUCUAGGCUGACCUCGAUCACUGAAUAAUCCAGGUCCUUCAUGUUUAUGUGCCUACCAUCAAGAACAGACUCUCCAGCUGUAUUAGCUCAAAUUGAACCCUUGUUAGUGUGACAUUAACAGUAUUUUUGUCCUCACAGUUUCCCAAAUGUUAAUGUCCAGCUCUGGAUCUUUGCGUCGAGGCGAAUACUUGAACAGUGUGUUACUCUUUAGUGUUGCCUUAAAUAUUUGUACUGUAGCAGGAUUAUAUAUCAGCCAAAACACAUUUAAACCUUUGCUUUUAAACCUUUUUUAUUGUUAGGUAUUUUGUAUGUUAUUUAUUUGUAUUUGGUUGGUAAUAAAUGUUUUUUAAGGCUGAA